AAAGGACAACGAAGGUCUGAAUGCUAAAGUUACCUACUGUCUUCCAUCAUCCUUCCUACAUCUCCUUCUCUAUCUCUGUCCAUUCAUUCACACUCAAUAUACUUGCAAGAAACCUCUGCUCGUGGUUGCAUAAGUUUGCAACUUCUUACGACCUCUAGCUUGGGGAUGAACGGAGCAGAUCGCCGGAUGGAAACUAGAGAUCCGAAUGAAUCUGGCUCAUCUCCAUCUGCAUCUGAGAAUUAUGAUCGCAUUGGGCCAAAGCGGUAUUCAUACGAGGAACUAGCAACGGUAACUGGUCAUUUCUCGCACAAUAACCUAAUUGGUCGAGGUGGUUUUGGUCAUGUUUUUAAGGCAUCCUUAGAUGGCGAGACUCGUGCUAUCAAGAGACUUGAUUAUCCGGGUGUAGAGUCCGAAGGAGAUUUGGAAAGGGAGAUUAUGGUCGUCAAAAGCAUCAGUCACAAAAACCUCGUUGAACUGAUUGGUUACUGCAUUGAUGGAGCCAAUAGAUUGCUUAUUUUAAAGUAUUUUCCAAAUGGGUCUUUGAGAUCUAAAUUAGAUGGGAAGGAGAAUGUUUUAGACUGGAAAAAAAGAAUGAAUAUUGCUAUAGGUUCUGCAAGAGGAUUGGAAUAUUUACAUGAACACUGUAAACCUAAAAUUAUACAUUUAGAUAUCAAGCCGGAUAAUAUUCUUCUUGAUGAACAUUUUGAACCUAAGAUUUUGGACUUGCUCAUUUUUUUACGGGUGUUGCUACUCACAUAUCCAAAUCAUCAGUUAUGGGAACCCAAGUAUCAGAAUGAAUCUGGCUCAUCUCCUGAGAAGACUAUUGGGCCAAAGUCAUAUUCAUACGGUGAACUAGCAAGGGUAACUGAUAAUUUCUCGCUCAAUAACCUAAUUUGUCGAGGCAGGUUUGAUCAUGUUUUCAAGGCAUCCUUAGAUGGUGAGAUCCGUGCUAUUAAGAGACUUGAUUUUCCGGAUGUACAAUUCGAAGAAGGUUUGGAGAGGGAGAUUAUGGUCGUCAAAAGCAUCAGUCACAAAAACCUCGUUGAACUGGUUGGUUACUGUAUUCAUGGAGCCAAUAGAUUGCUUAUUUUUAAGUAUUUUCCAAAUGGGUCCUUGAGAUCUAAAUUACAUGGAAGUGGGGAUGUUUUGGACUGGGAAAAAAGAAUGAAGAUCGCCGUAGGUUGUGCGAAAGGAUUGGAAUAUUUACAUGAACACUGUAAUCCUAAAAUUAUUCAUUUAGAUAUGAAACCGGAUAAUAUUCUUCUUGAUGAAGAUUUUGAACCUAAGAUAACAGAUUUUGGACUUGCUCAAUUUUUUACCGACGGUGCUACUCACAUAUCCAAAUCAUCAGUUAUGGGAACCCAUGUUUACGAAGAUCCACUGACAACAAAACUUGGAAAAUAUUCUGAUAAAUCUGAUAUUUAUUCUUUUGGAGUUACACUUUUAGAACUGAUUACUGGAAGAAGACCUAUAGACAAUGGCACUGACAUUGUUACUUGGGCAAAACCUCUAAUUAAAAAGGCUUUGGAGGGCAGAUAUACAAAUUUUAUAGAUUCCAAUUUACAAUCCUUUGACCAUGAACAAAUUUAUCGAAUGGUUUCUUGUGUUAAUUCUUGUCUAAAUCAACCUCCAAACUCUCGGCCAACAAUGAAAAAGAUACGUCUAGUUCUUGAAGGAAUAUCACUCCCGGAAGAAUUAUACGAUCAUAAAUUGCGAAAGAGCAUCAUACAUAGAGAUCAGAAUGAAUUUGGCUCAUCUCCUGAGAAGACUAUUGGGCCAAAGUCAUAUUCAUACGGUGAACUAAUAAGGGCAACAGGUCAUUUCUCGCUCAAUAACCUAAUUGGUCGAGGUAGUUUUGGUCAUGUUUUUAAGGCAUCCUUAGAUGGUGAGAUCCGUGCUAUUAAGAAACUUGAUUUUCCGGAUGUACAAUGCGAAAAAGAUUUGGAGAGGGAGAUUAUGGUCGUCAAAAGCGUCAGUCACACAAACCUCGUUGAAUUGGUUGGUUACUGCAUUGAUGGAACCAAUAGAUUGCUUAUUUUAAAGUAUUUUCCAAAUGGGUCCUUGAGAUCUAAAUUACAUGGAAAUGGGAAUGUUUUGGACUGGGAAAAAAGAAUGAAGAUCGCCACAGGUUCUGCAAAAGGAUUGGAAUAUUUACAUGAACACUGUAAUUCUAAAAUUAUUCAUUUAGAUAUCAAACCAAAUAAUAUUCUUCUUGAUCAAGAUUUUGAACCUAAGAUAACAGAUUUUGGACUUGCUCAAUUUUUUACCAACGGUGCUACUCACAUAUCCAUAUCAUCAGUUAUGGGAACCCAUGUUUACGAAGAUCCGCUGACAACAAAAUUGAGGAAGUAUUCCGAUAAAUCUGAUAUUUAUUCUUUUGGAGUUAUACUUUUAGAAUUGAUUACCGGAAGAAAACCUAUAUACAAUGGCAUUGACAUUAUUACUUGGGCAAAUCCUCUAAUUAAAAAGGCUUUGGAAGGAAAAUAUACAAAUUUUAUAGAUUCCAAUUUACAAUCCUUUGACCAUGAACAAAUGUAUCGAAUAGUUUCCUGCGUUAAUUCUUGUCUAAAUCAACCUCCAAACUCUCGUCCAACAAUGAAAAAGAUAUGUCUAGUUCUUGAAGGAAAAUCGUCUCCGGAAGAAUUAUACGAUCACAAAUUGGAAUGGGGAAGCAGACGAGCCCAAACCAAGCCUCAAGCCUUUUAUCAUUCAAGAAACUAAUAAUUAUGGUACACGAGAUCGUGGACAUGACAGUCGACGACCAACAGAAGCAACAAGUUAUGGUUCCUCCAACAUCAUUCCAGAAACUUCAUUUGAUAAGAUGGAUUGUUUUCCCAUACCCAUUUCCUU